AUAAUAAUAAUAAUUCAAUAUAUUCUGAGUGUAAUUCAUCUCACAAAAGACAAAAAACGACAUAAAUAGGGUUAAUGAUGCAUUUCCUGGAUUUUGCCAUUAUUGUUUACAUUUUUGUCGAUAUCGUGAUACUAUAUAAUAUACUGUGACAUUGUCUUUGUCCACGUCAAUCGUGAAAUAAAAAAUCUGACGUCGUGACAGCCCUAAUUUGGUGUCGUUAAAAAUAUACAUUUUCUUGUGAAAGCGGACUUGGUAUCGACAUUCUGACGUGAAGAUCGAUUCUAAAAAAAAAAAAAAAAAAAAAAAAAAACACGUCUAGGUCUGAAGUAUCGACAGUUCUGGAUCGAUACGCACAUCCCUAGUUUCGUGCAGGGCUAAAAAGAGCUAAGGGGAGCUAACCAGGCUAACUCCAUGUAAACACAGUUGUAGGUUAUCCGGGCAGCGUUUUUGAGAUUAAUAAAGAUGACGAUACUGGAAGGCUAGACGCGAUAAUGGAGCCUUUCCUGCAGAUAGCUCCCCAUUCCCUGGCUAUAGUCCUGUCCAGGGUCGGGGCUGGGGAGGCUUCAGGGGCGGCCAGGCUUUCAGAGAGCGACGCACCGCCGAGACACCACAUCGGCUACGAGAUAUUUGCAGAUUUCAAGGCAGAAAAUACCCAGAAGCAUGCGCGGAACCAGCGGAUUACCGAGGCUUUGUCCGACACCUUCUUCCUGGGGUGGAUAGACGAGCAUGUGCUGCUGAUCCAGGGGAAGGAGGACCACCUGGAGGAGCUGAGGGAGGGAUGGAUGCGGAGGUCUCUCAAUCCGCCUCGGGGAUUCACCAUCAAAUAUCUAGGUGUUCCCACACCAACAGAGGAGGUUCUGCACCAUACACUAAGUAUGUUGGUCCGUGAGCAGAAGAUCUACCCGAUAGUCGACGGAUAUUUCAUUGUAACCCCUCAGACUUAUUUCAUCACUCCGAGCCUAAUCCGAAGCAGCUCCAAGUGGUACCACCUAGACGAGCGAUCUGCUGACCGACGCCAACACCAGAACCAGCAGCAGCCCCAGCAGACUCAGUGCACCUCACCUCUCUCCGGCACCGUUACCCCCUCCACUUCUGGAGGGGUGCGAGACCGAACACACCCGAGCUCCAGCCAAAACCACAGUGGAGGAGGUGGCGAUUCUUUUCACAAUAACAGUUAUCGUGGAGACGAUCCCCCUAGCCACCACACUAGCUUGCAGCGCCGAUCCCCCAAAGGCCACCGGGAGAUGUACUCAUUGCCACACUCCCCACAAACACCUCCUCAGCAAGCAGGAGGCACCACAGAAAAGAGUCGCAGCACGCUUGGGUUCCCAUUCAAGACGGACACACUUACCAAGCACCGAGGAGGGGCAGUUGGUGUAGGAGGAGGUGGAGGAGGAGGAGGAGGGGGGACUGGAGACGUAGAGAAACAAGCAGGAGGAAGUAGUACAGGAAGUCGAAAGUUUGGCUUGAAGUUAUUCCGUCUGAGUUUCAAGAAGGACAAGACCAAGCAGCUGGCUACUUUCUCUGCACAAUUCCCCCCUGAGGAAUGGCCCCUACGGGACGAGGAGGUGCCCAACCAGCUUCCACGUCACAUAGAGAUGGAGCUCAUCCGCAGAAUCAACCCUGACCUUACUGUGGAGAACCUGGUCAGACACACAGCGGUCAUGAAGCGUCUCGAAGAGGAGCGUGCUCAGAGAAGUAAAGCGUCAUCAGCCAAUGCCUCUCGUAGUAGAAGAAGUGGAGGGAGACAAAGAAAGCAAACGCAGACCAAGGUCAGUUCCUCACAUAGCAAAACAAGGGCGUCCAGAGGCGACCCCGGGGUCGGUUCCCACCUAGAGCUGGCUGAGAGAGACUACCGCGGUUACUCAUCCUCGCUGGCUCGGUCACCAAGGGACAAAGCCCUGGCCAUGGAGCGGCAAAGGGCCCGGCUACACCUGGCACACAGCAACCCCAACAUCCUCGACUCCUCCCACCUCCCUGGCACACCAGAGUGGGAUGUAUCCGGAGAGCUUGCUAAGCGACGCACGGAAAUGCCUUUCCCCGAGCCAAGCCAUGGCCCAUCAGCACACUCCAAAGUCCACCGGUCACACUCCCACACCCAGGAAAGGAAGUCCAGGAACGAACGCAGUGUCAAGGCCAAGGAACGUUCUAGAUCCAUGGACAACUCGAAAAGGUCACAUGGAGCUGGACUGAUAGGACCUUCGGACUAUUAUGAGAACCUGAGCCUUUACUAUAAUGACGAUGGUACCCUGCGAGCUAAUCAGAGCUCUUCUCACCACUCCUGUGCCACAACUCCCUUAACUAAGGUAUCGAGCGAUACCCUAGGGUUGGACGGUAGCAGGACCUUAGACAAGAAUAAGAGCAGGGACGGUCUGCCCGCAUACUUGCCGAAAUUACUACCUGCUUCCAUCCCUUCUGAUGAUUUCUUCCAGUGUUCAGGUUCCUCCGAGGCUAUUCUCUCACCAUCAGACCCAAUGGGAACUCUGGACAAAAGCAACCACGAUGGAUUAAAAGCAGGAAUCACUGACAGGCAAACAGAUAGACAGACGCCCCAUCUACCAGAAAAUAAGGAGGACUUGCCGAAAGUAGGACCUAAGGGUGGCAGCCUCCCUCCAAUACCUCUCUCUAUCUCUGACACCCCUCUUUCUAAUGGACGAUCUCCCCACAGUGCCUCUUCUGGUCAGGAGAAACUAAGGGAGAUCUUUAGUAAAGACACACUCUUUAAACCUCCCCCCAGCCUCCCUUUGCCUGGUUAUAGCUCCCUGAGAAAACCCAAAGCCCUUGCAUCCUCGGCUCUGUCCUCAUCUUGCGAUGCCCUUGAUUCCCAAGAGGACUUUGAUGCUCCCAAGCCUCUGGUGGCAACACCAGCUGCUCCCCCACAGGGGACUGAGCCCAUAUCCAGCGCCGCAGAGGCCUCCUAUGACUACUACAAUGUCUCGGACGAUGAGGAACUUGAGGAGGCGGGGGCUAAAAGUCGAACGGAUGAGAUGCCUGGAGGAAGCGUUGCGAAAAUGAGAGGAGGUGGAUCAGGGACCAUGCAGUGGCUGUUAGAGAGGGAAAAAGAGAGAGAUUUACAAAGGAGAUUUGAAAGGACCCUCACUUUCCCUGGAGCUAAAGAGAACCUGUCAGAAGCCAACCAGAACCAGCAGUCAACCCACUCUGCUAGACUGGACAGUAUGGACUCCAGCUCUGUGACUGUUGACAGUGGAUUCAACUCACCACGAACGAGGGAGAGCUUGGCGUCCAACACCUCUUCAAUAAUGGAGAGCAAUCGUCGGCAGAACCUGGCACUGAGUCCGUCGCUGAGCAUUACUACUGGCAAUGGUCCUCCUUUCUCCUUCCGAAUCCUAGAGCCUGCCGGGAGCCAACCUGAGAAACUCCAGAAGCCUAGUACCUGCCUUGCGUCAAUCACCAGCGUUUAGGGCCGGGCAGAUUGUAGAACCAAUGGACGGGACUUAGAAAAAUCAAAGUCAUGUCCCCAAUACCUGUAGACAGACGGACGGACGGACGGACGGACUGACUUAAUCAGUGGAACUGUAACGGAUUCACCGUGGAUCUGUAUCCGAUUACACACAAAUACAGACAGAUACAAACAGGACAUUAGGUCACCAGGAAACUGCUUGCUCUCACAUAAACACCACAAGGCCACUGGGCACACUGAACAUGUCAUUCCCCAGCCUCUAGUUUACAUAUUAGAACCUGUGUUCAUUCAUGAGGGUUCUAGUUGGGUUGUUUGUUUGUGUGUUCGUGUGUGUGUGUGUGUGUGUGUGUGGACACCUUUAUAGCUAUCUUUCUGAGGUGGCAACUGCAGCUUUAGACAUUUGGGACUUUUUUUUUUUUUCUCGCACCCCUUUCAAAGGGCUGUUUAAGGGUUAAGACAUGGUGUUAGGGUUAGGCUAAGGGUUGGGGUUAGGUGUAAUGCAUUCUGUCAAUGAGUAUCCUCUUAAAGAUAGCCAUACAUACACGUGUGUUUGUGCGUGGUUCUGUGCAUGUAUAAUCUGUAAUCUCAGGUUAUAUUAUUCCCAUUCCCAUCCCUGCUGCUCCAGAUAAAAUGCAUCUUUCCCUCUGGUAUCAACUAGUUCUCCGCACUGAAGAGCUGCAGCUCUGCUGACUACUGUUACUGAUGGUACGCAUAUUUUAACUGAUCCAGUCUAACAUAUCAUGUUGUCUUAACAUACGCCACUGGCAGACUCCCCUUUAAGGACCAGUGCGACGGGGGAAUGGCAAUGCAUACCUUGACCAUCAUUCCAAAAACGUUUCAACACUUGAACUCAAAGGAGUAGCCUAUAAACAGUGUUUACUUUUUAUUUUUAACAGUGAUAUCCUAUGUAGAAUGAACAGAACACUUCAUGGGUCUCUUAGUUGCCCGUCUGAAAUGCCUGUUCGCUUACCAAUGGUUACGACGUGAACAGUUUACACAUAUUUAAAUAAUUCUAACACAGGCGGAUGUUUUUAUUUGCUUUGUUUUUUGUGUUCAUCUCCACUGGAUACAUCUGUCAUGUUCAUCUCAUCUCCACCUGAAAACAGUCCUUUGUCAUUCUUGUAUUCAUGCCACUAUUUUUAACAGACUGAAUGGGUUUUGUGAGGAGUAAGAAGAACUACAUGAAAGAAACAAAUAAAUAAUGUACAAAAAAAAAGAGAGCGGUAACAUUAAGUACAUUUAUAUAGAAUAUAAUUACCUACAUUUAUUGAAGGUUAACGUGAAAUUAAUAGUUUAUGAUGAUGUGCUGAAUUUGUUACAUUGCUUAUACAUACAUACGUAGAUAUAUGUAGCACAACCAGACUUAUCAUAUAUUAUUUUAUACACUGUAGGUUCUGUUGUUCAUGGCAGCUACAGAUCAUGUUUAUUUCCAGUGCUCCAUAGGAUGUAAAUGCAUUCAUAAGUGCCCAGUUUUUCACUUUCCCCCAAAAGAAAUUUAUUUUCAUUCUUUGGCUGAGAAGGUUCUCGGUCAUCCAAAAAGCAAAGCUGAAACAAAUGUAAACUGUGGGGAGUUUAGGUUUUUAAUAGGAACAUGUGUGGGUAAUUCCCUUAGACUUUAAAUAAAUAAGCUCCUUAAAGGUGAAGCCAAAGCAAACAGAGCUCCCCCUGGUGUCUGACUACAGUAUAACCCCCUCCUCUAAACUCCACCUCCUCCAUGUUAGUGGAUGAGACUUGAGCCAAACGAAAACACUAAAAUACACGUCAAAUAUAUUUUGUUUCAAGGAUCGAUUCUCUUAUUUUAGGUAGUUAAUAUAAUA